UCAGAGUGUUGUGUGUAACCUCGUACUGUGAGGGUGUGUAAAUAAAUAGACUGUUGAAUAUGGCGUUAUAGUGUUGGUGUUGUUUAUAGUUAUUAAGUGUAGCGUCUCUAGUUUAACAAGUGGUAGCGGAGCGUAAAAUCAAAUUAAUUGAGCAAGUCGCCUAGUUCGUUGACUGCACAGAACCUGCUGUUUCUGACGAUUUGUGUCCAGAUCUACUGCUAGCAUGAAUGCUUACAAAGCUGCACUGUACGCUGACCGUUUAAAACAGUCCAGCCAAACUGUCAAGCCUUUAGUGCCAAUCGCAUCUCAAGAAAUGGAUCCAAUUUAUAAACAUAUGUUCCCAACUACUAGCAUGGCAUCGAUCACAGCCAACACACUCCUAGAAAACAAUAACUCCAUUCUGUACCAGCAAAGCCCAGAGUUUGAACUUGCACGGUUAGAAGCUGGGAUGAAGUGUAAACCCGUCUCUGUGUACCCAGAGAAAGACAAAGACUUCUGGGAAGUAGAAACCUUCACGCCUGCUUUUAACCAGCUGUCAACCUUCAACAAAGUUUUACUCUUUGUCGCAUUGGGGCUCGUUCUAUUAACCAUUUUACAGCUCCCAGUACUUGUUGGCACAGUCUCUUUCGGCAAUAAAGUAAAUCAAGAUGAUAGAGAGUUGGUAGAUUUCGGCCAUCAACUGGAAGCAAUGUUAAAUGAACCAAAUAAAGUAUUGCAAAAUGUGAGAGAGUCGUUAAAUUCCUUCUUGCGUGACUCUCCGGUAGCAGAUCUCAAACUGAAAACCAAUGACACUUGUUUCUGUUUGUAUAAUCAACAAAUUUCUUGGAACGAUGCCAGACAGUUUUGUCUCAAACUGGGAACUGGAGUCCAUCUGGGGGAAAUCUACAGCCAAGACGACGACUCCCUGAUGCCUCUAUUUGAAAAUACAAAAAUAACUCAAGGAAUAUGGCUCGGCGGUUCUAACUUGAUGAAUCAAAGUGUCUGGCUAUGGGACUACACAAGGACACCAAUUAGUCAAUGGGAUAUCAAUCCAUCAAUUCAAUGGGAUCUUUCAGUUGGCAGCAAGCAAUGUUUGGGAGUCUUCAAAGGGGACAAUGCCAACUACAAACUGAAUGGCGUUGAAUGUGAAGAUAAAAAAUCAUUUUUGUGUUCUGCUAAGUUAGUUGAUUCAGCAUGUGUUUGUUGAAAGUAGACUUGUCAUCACCUAAUCUAUCUUACUAGGCUUCACAAUAAGCAUUGAAACCUAAGUAAUUAUAUAAAAGUCAUGGUAACUCUUAGACUAAGACUAAGACUGCUUUAUUGAUCCUUACGGAAAUUUGUUGUUAUUACAAGGACUCUUUUCUCAUAUAAAGACAACACAACAGAAAAAUACACAUAAAUACAACAGGCAACAUAAAGAGUUCAUUCAGCGACUACACACAGGUAUCUUGGUGCAUUUCAUGUUCCCUGAUCAAUGAGUGGCGGUGAUAGAGUCUGACCGAGUGAGGUACAAACGAGUUUUUGUACCGCUCUGUUCUUGUUUUGAUUGACAGCAGUCGCCCACUUCGCGACGACCUGACGUAGUUCUGAUGGAGCGGGUGGCCGUUGUCUUCCAAGAUUUUUUCGAUUUUUCUUAGGCACUUUUGUUCAAAAAGUUCCUUUAAAUGUGGUAAUGUCGUGAGUGUAAUUUUUGAUGCUUUUUUAAUGAUGUUUUCUAGACGUCGAAACAGUUUAGAUGAGGCAUUUCCUUGCCAACAAGUUAUUCCGUAUUUUAGCAGAUUUUGUAUAGUCGCGCUGUAAAAAGUCUCUAGGAUCUUCUUGUUAAGUUUAAAGCUAGAUAUUUAUAUGCCUUUACUUGUUCUAUAGAUGUAGUGUUUAUUUGAAGUUCACGUGUAGUUUGUUUUUUUCUUUCUAAAAUCUAUUAUAAGUUCUUUAGUUUUUGUGACAUUCAGUUCUAGAAAGUUGUCGGUGCACCAGUUUGUAAACUCUAUCGAGCUUCGAUACUGAGUUUCGUCUCCUGAAAUAAGACCGACUAUGGCAGUAUCAUCAGCGAAUUUAAUGAGUUUAACUGAGUCAUAGAUGCUUCUUAUGUCAUUAAUGUUAAGAGUGUAUAGUACAGGAGAAAGCACACAACCUUGUGGAGCACCCGUACAUAGUACUCGAGUUGACGAUUUGGUGUUGUUGACUUUAACAUACUGGGGUCGUUGGGUUAAAAAGUUUAGAACCCAUGCUUGUACGUAAGGGCUUACAUUUAAAUUACUGAAGUUCAUUUUGUUUUUUAAACUAACCAACUUACCACAAUAAAAUCUAUUUUUUGUACAUGUACAUAAAUGUAAAUAAGCAAAAGUUUUGAUGUCUUGUAUAAAGUUGAAGUUGAUGUUUGCUCUUGAGUUUGACAAGAAGUCUCCAUUUUUCAAAUGUUUUUUUCACACUUAUUUGUUUUGAAUGUCCAAUAAAACAAUAACGAUUUACUGAAAACUUGCACUUCUAACACCUAGUUUUAUUCUAAACGUAACUCUUUUUUUCUCGAUGUUUAUAAACAAUAAUAGUCGCAUGGUAAUGAGAAAACUUGGAAUACCUAGAAAUUUAGAUCUAUUUGUAGGCAAGAAUGAUAACACUCAUACCAGCUUACAUAAAAGUCAAAAUAAAUUUUUCAAAAGUAUAUACAUAUAUAUAUAGAUAUAAACAUACAUCUAAAAUUUAGAAUAUAGUCAGAAUUUUUUUGUUGUUGUUAAUACCAUCUCGUAAAUUAUUUUAUUUAACAUACAAUAUGUAUUAAGGUGUCCACCACAUUCCAUCUUUCU